AUGAAGGUGAAAAAUCGGCCCAAACAAAAGGUCAGGAAAGGCGAACAUGACAAAUCGGCAGACAUGACAACGAAGAAACUGCUUUGUGAGGAGAUUAAUGAAUGCGAAUCCGGAGAAUCUGGUGGAUUUGCAAGCGUGAAAACGAAAAAACGGCUGAAACGGCGUGCGGACGAAGGAGAGCCCAGCGGAUUUGUAGACUUGGAAGCGAAAAAGCGGCAUGAAGAGGACGAGGAUGAGAGAGAAUUCAGGAAUUUUGUAGACAAGAAACUGAAGAAACGGCUUAAAUAUGAUGUUAUGGAAGAAGAUUCUGGAAAAACAGAAAAAGCCAACAAGAAAGAGGUAAGAUUUUGCAAGAAUUUAUACUUUUGCUUUGGUUAG